CAAGUCUUCUUUUGCAUUCCUCUUCUUCUGAGGUCUAUAGGGUCAUAAGGAUCUUGUUUGCCUAUAAAGAGGAGAGAGAGAAGAACUUUCACUAUUACAAAAGAUCUGCUCUAACCAGUAACAUCUAAAACCUCUGCUUCGCAAAACGUUUCAUUAUGAUGCGAAAAACAGUAUUUAUUUUCGUCGUCGUGCUUGCGCUUGGUCAUUGCUCAACCAUACCUGAACAGCCAGAACCAGAGUUACCUGCCUCACCUGCAGAUGAGCGUUCAUCAACGGGUUCACCAGAGAUAUCAACCAAGACACCACCACACACCCACGAAGAACAUCCGAAAGAUGACCCUGACCAUUCUGACCAUGAAGGCCAUGAAGAUGAGCCAAAAUCUAUUAAAGAAGUGAAAGAUGAAGGUGAUCAUGAGCAUCCAGGGCACGAUCAUUCUCCUGAAACUGGUCAUGACCAUAGUUUGGAUCAUCCCGAUGAGUCCUCUGUAAGUGAAUCGCAGGACGAUUCCAAACAACAGGAGCAGUCAUCUUCUGAAAAUCCAUCUGAAGGUGGUGAUCCUAAGACCAGUGGUGAUGCUGACAAAAGUCGCUUCAAAAGAGGAUUAUGGAGGCGGAGAUUGGAUUAAAGCAUUUUUUAAACAAAAAAGCUUGAGCCUACAAUUAAUUUAAUGUAACAUAAUGCUUCGUAAAAAAACUCACUAAUUAUGAUGAAAAUUGGUGUUAUUAUUGCACAAAAGUUUUGUACUUACUACUGAAAAAUUAAUUACUACAAUAGUGAGAUUAUUAAAUUUCAAAGAAAUUUAUCAAAAAGGUUAAUUAAUCGCUUUGUUAGCAUAAUAUGCGCAUACCAUUGAAAUAAAAAAUCUGGCUAUAUAAUGACUCUGAAUGUCAAUGAAAUAACAUGUAAUAAGAUUUUUAGCAGGUGAAAUGGUUAGGAUAACCGCUUUUGUUGCAGUAGAUUCACUUAUCGUGAGAAUAGUGUAGUUGCAAGAAAGUGCUCCUGUCAGUAGAUAUCUGUAUAAGUUAGAUCAUUCCUCUUAGAUUUUCCUUCAUUUGCUACAUGCCUUUUACAAGAGCAUUUGUACGUACGUAGAUAGGUGGAAUUUAUUUAGAUAUGGUUCACGAUUUUUUGCAUUGAAUAAAAAGAUAUUUUUUAAAA